AUGACUACAACGGUCACAGCUGUUCCUGCCCUAGUAAAGCGAGAUUGCUCUGGCUUCUCCGUUAGUUAUCCAGCUGGCGGUGAAACAUUAAAGAAAGGUAGUAAUCAAAACGUCACUGUCCAAAUCGGCUCAUCUGGAGUUUAUGUGAUUACAACCGUCUCCCUAUACCAUGAUGAUAAUACUUUCGCUGGUUCAUUAUUUACAUCCGAAGCACCUGUGGAUGGCAAAAGCGAGAUUAGCGUAUGGUUUUAUUUAGACAGCGACUUUUCGCCUGGAGAAUAUUAUUACGGCGUAGAGGGAUUCUAUACUCCUACAUCAGCUUGCUAUACGUACAGUAAAUCCUUCAAUGUAAAAUGA